AUGCGAUUAAAUCCACGUGUUCUGUCGUCGGCCGCUGCGAUAGCAAUAACAUGUGUAGUGUCUGCUGCGGCGUACUUUUAUAAAAGUCGAAAAACAGAGGUUAAUGAAGUUAUGGUGUUUUGUAAACUGCAGUUUAACGCUUUCAAUUACUUUGAUAAAUUAAUAAGCUUCAUUGAAUCUGCAAAAGAAAGUGUCAACGUUUGCAUGCCUGGUAUCCAUAACCCAGUAAUCCAGGGCCGUCUCGUCAGUCUGAUGAAGGAAAAAAACAUCAAAGUUCGUAUAGUGAUCGACCGUACAGGAUAUAAUGAGUCAACUGACUUUUUUAUUCGAGAGCUAGUCGAGUCUGGUGCUGAAAUAAGAUGUAAUGUCAAAGACUCAGUGUACGCAAUGCAACAUAAAUUUUGUUUGGUUGACGAUAGAAUCCUGAUGACGGGAACCUUAAACUGGGGCAACGAUCGGUCCUUCGACAAUUGGAACUACGUGUAUAUUACAAGUAAAAGGCAGCUCGUCGAACCGGUAAAGAAUGAGUUUUAUAAAAUUUGGAAGAAAACAAGUAAUAUUGAACAGAUUUAUGAUGCAUCCUCAAGUGAAAGCGAAGCAGAAGUGGCAGCAACUGAUGAAGCUGAAGUUAUGGACGAAAACACAGAUAAAAGUGGCAACACUAUUAAUCUGAUGAGCCUUGAAUCAGACACCGCCCUGGCUCAUCCUUCUGCCCAAGAAUUACCUGAGAUUGUAAAAAUUCAUUAA